UGAAUCACUGACAUGGCGGCUGCCAUGGAGCUGAGAUGCUGGGGAGGAGACUGGGGUUUACCGUCUGUCCACACAGAGUCCCUCAUAGUCCUGGCAUACGCCAAGUUUUCCGGGGCCAAAGUGACAGUUUCUCCCAUAGACUGGACAUGGAAAACUCUAACAGCCACCGUCCCAGAGCUGCUCUGUGGAGACUCUGCAGUGCAAGAACCAACACAGAUACUUAAUUUCCUGAGGAAACAGAGGUUUAAUGCAGACUAUGAUUUGACAGCCAGACAAGGAGCGGAUACCAUGGCGUACAUCGCCCUGCUUGAAGAGAAACUGCGUCCAGCUCUGCUGCACACGUUCUGGGUGGAUGCAGAAAACUACGCCAAUCUGACACGGCCAUGGUUUGCCUCACGCUCGCCGUUCCCGCUUAACUUUCUCGUUCCUUGUCGCCAUGCCAACACCGCCCUCUCCCGCAUUCUUUUAAUGAAAGGAGAAGCACCGCUACACAGAAUCUCUGAGGUGGAGGGAAAGAUCUACAGUGAUGCUAAAGAGUGCCUGAACCUCCUUUCCUACAGACUGGGGACCGCAAACUACUUCUUCGGCAACUUGCCGACCAGUCUGGAUGCCUUUGUGUUUGGUUUUGUGGCUCCUCUCUGUAAAGCCAAUCUACCCAGCAGCCCUUUACAGAGCCACGUCAGACAGCUGGAAAACCUCACACGCUUCUGUGACACCGUCCUUGACGUGUACUUCAGCUCAGAUCACCCCUGUCCUCCCCCACCUGUUCAGGACACAAAGGAUGCAAACCUACAGAAACUAACUCAGCUUGUAAACAAAGAGUCCAACUUGAUAGAGAAGAUGGAUGAUAACCUCCGCAGCAGCCCUCAGCACAAACCCCACAGACCAGAACCCAAGCCCAGUCUGGUCAGUGAGAAGAACUCUACCCCUGCCUAACGUCCUCAUCCAGCCUCAUGUAUGAACCAAGGAGAAUCACGUCAGCUCUGGAUCUGACUCAUCCCUGAGAUCCAAAAAAAAAAGAAAAAAGAAUAAAAAUUCCUAAAGAGCUGAACUGCAACUUCAAUGGAAAAUGACACGAUUAACGAGAGAAUAAUGAUUAUAAAAAGACUUUUACAGCAUGAAAAUUAUGAUAGAUUUCAAAGAUGCUUUUAAUGAAAAAGAUGGAAAAGUGCUUGAGUGAGGUCUUUAAAAAGGUUUGCAUACGUGUAUGUGGUGAAGGGGGAAACGCUGUGAAGUUGUGCCCAAUGAGAAAGACACAGUAAGUUCAAAGUACAGGAAAAACCUGCAGUUAAUGCCUUAUAGAGAACUCUAGGAUCAAAGUUAUAUACCGAGUUAAAAAACUCUCGGUCACUGAAGUAGAGCGGUUCGAGCAUCUUAUGGUGAGAUAAGUUAGUACAGUUUAUGCAUCUAGGCAGUAUAAACUGAGUAAGCAGGAACCCAAGUAUUCAACUGUAAGAUCAUACGCACUGUAAACCUUUGAUUUAGUUAAUGUACAGUAUAUAUAUAUGCAGUCAUGACUUUAGAAAUGGCCAGUUGCUUGUAUAGCUGUAAAUAGUUUCCUGGAAUUUGUGCAAUUUUACUUUUUGUUGACAAGAAAAAUAUUGGGGACUAAUAUGUUUAUUUGAUAGUGAGAGACAGGUUUUUUGUUUUCUGGUCUUAAAAAAGUGAUUAUUGGAUUAAAAAGCCAUUUUGUUGGGGUUUAGGUCAUUGCCUAAGAAAGUAAUGAUUCGAAUUUGGUGGUGAGCCAGAUACAAAAUAGUAUUUAGGAUUAAAAAAAAAAAAAGUUAACGUGAUAAAAUUGGGAAUUUUUCAAUAUUUGUGUUAAUAACUUAAGGUUAAAAGUGAACUCUUUGAGUUCUUCAGCUUAUUAUGUUGUUUCUUUGUGCCAAUAAUAGUAAUUUUUGUUGCUGCCAUGUUUUUUAUUUUAUUAUGUUUUGAUUUGUGCUCUGCCACACAAUCGUUUUGGUUACAGUGCCUGUUUAUCAGCCUUCCUGGUUCAAGUGUCUCAUGAGUGGCCUUCUGUGUUACUUCACUGUCACAGUCUGUUUAUCUUGUACAGAUGGACCGUGAAAUGAACCGCCUUUGUUUUAUUUUACUCUUGAUGUUACUCUUUUUUUUGUUUGUUUUUUCCUGAUUUCUGUCCCAGUUGUAAAAUAUUAACAAUACUUUGCUUUUUCAGCCUCCAAAAAACCCUCUGUCUCCAUGGAUCCAUUCCCUCUUAGACUAAAGAGCUGACUGGUGCAUGCGAGCAUGCGUGUUGUCAUCGCACCAUGUUGUCGGGCAGACUGGCGAGGACCAUAUGGUGCCUGUGUGCCUUUGUUACGGUGUCCUUCAUGAUUUUGACACAUUGUCAUUAAUUUUCUUUGUCAUCUCAGCUGCUGUUGUCCAUAAUCUGUCCAUAGUUGGAAACUGAAAUACAACAAAUAUAAUAUAAACUGAAUAGAGAAUCA